GCCAGUCACGUCUACGUGAACACAAGUCAAAAUCCAAUCCUUCCCAAACACGAAAAACCAAAGCCAUAGAACAAUCACUGCACAGCCUCUCUACACUUAGCUUCACUAUAUAUCCUAACUUCAUUUCUAUCUUACUUUCUCUCCAUUCAAACACCCGAACUUCACGCAAUCUGCUGCACACUCAAAUGGCCGCUUCUCCCAUUCUUCUCCUCAUCCUCUUCCUCCUCUCCAUCGCCGGAGCCCAGUCCAACUUCAUCGACAAAACCUGCAAAGCCACAAAAUUCUACGAUCUCUGCGUGUCGUCCCUCAAAUCGGAUCCCACGAGCAGAAACGCCGAUGUUAAGGGACUUGCCACAAUCAUGAUCGGGAUCGGGAUGGCCAACUCCACAGCGACGUCGUCUUAUCUGUCUUCUCAGUUGCUCAGCGCCUCUGGGAACGACGUCGUAUUGAAAAAAGUCCUCAAGGAAUGCGCUGACAAGUACGGGUUCGCCGCCGACGCCCUCCAGGCUUCUGCUCAGGAUUUGGCAGCGGAGAGCUUCGACUACGCUUACCUGCACGUCACCGCAGCGGAGAAUUACCCCAACGCGUGCCGCAACGCGUUCCGACGGUUUCCUGGCUUGGCUUACCCGCCUGAGCUGGCGCGAAGAGAAGAAGGCCUGAAGCGUAUCUGCGACGUCGUUUUGGGUAUUAUCGACAAUCUUGGUGAAUAUUAACUUAAACUAGUGUACUAGAUUUAGCUAUUGAUUAAAGUGAGCUUGAAUCGAUCUCAUCGAUCUUAAUUGAUGUGUUUCUUCUUGGAGGGGGCUAAUUGAUGUUUCUACUAGGAACAAAACAAAAAUUAUUUACUUGUAGUGACUUCAUUUCUUAAUUUCACAAAUAAUUAUAUCGUGUUUGUAAAUAGUAAGUUUGUUAUUUUU